AUCAUCUUAGAUUGGGCGGUGAGACGACUAUAUAAAUCUCAAGCGGUGGAAUACCGAAUAGUACCAGGCAGUCAUUUCUUUAACCAAAAAAUGAAGUUCCUACAAGCGCUCUCGUUGUCACUUUGCACCAUCUUUUGCGUAGUCCAAGGCAAAAGCAUUGGAGACGCAGAUGUCAUGGCCAGCAAAGCUGAUCCCAUUGAAUUUACCCAUUUCAAUUUGUGGACUCGCAAUAAUCCUGUCACGUUGCAAGAACUGUUCAUCGGAGACGCCGCUUCUCUAGCCGCAUCGAAUUUUGAUAUUUCUAAGCCCACCAAAAUAUUUGCUCACGGCUGGCGAAUGAAUGGGUACGACAACAAUGCGGUAUUCAGCCUUCGUGAUGAAUUCCUUUCCAAAGAAAAUUGUAAUUUUAUCGCGGUUGAUUGGGAAGAAUUGGCGAAUAAUUUAAAUUAUUAUUCUUCGGCUGCCAAUACCCAACCAGUUGGCAUCUUAACCGGCGAUUUCAUCAACUUUUUGAUUGCACAAGGAACGAAUGUGAAUCAAUUUCAUGUCAUUGGUUUCAGCUUGGGAGCUCACGUUGCGGGAAAAGCUGGUGCCCUCGUCAACGGACUUAUCCCAAGAAUUACAGGUCUUGAUCCGGCCUAUCCUGGAUUCUCAGUAGAAAAUACGGACGAACGUCUGGACGUGACGGACGCCCAGUUUGUCGACAUUAUGCACACAAACAGCGCAUCAUUGUUGGAUGGUGGACUGAGUUUCCCCGUGUCAAUUGGUCACGUAGACUUCUGGCCGAACGGAGGCAUUGUUCAACCGGGUUGCAUCCUUACAGGAUCUGAUAUUCUGGCCAUAGCAACGGGAUGCAGUCAUAGCCGGGCCUACCAAUAUUUUGCCGAGACUAUCAAUGGUGGACGUUUUACUUCUAUCCGCUGUACGUCCUAUGAAGAAUUCGACGCUGGUUUGUGCAAUGGAAAUCAACAAGAUUUGAUGGGUCUGCCCGUUUCUCUAUCAGCGACGGGUGAUUAUUACCUCAACACGUUUGACGCUCCUCCUUUCUCCAUGGGAUGAUUUAUCGGUUGCACUUGUAAAUCUGUAUAUCCUAUGCCUUUUACUCAAAGACCCUAAUGCCCAUAAUCAUGGCAGCUUUACGACUUUGACUUAAUCUAUUGUUUUUUAACUGUGUUGUUGCGGAAUAUGCCUGUCAAUGCAUAAGUAACCGGCAAUACAUAACUGUUACUAAGUUA